GAUUCCAAAAGAAAUAAAUAUUUUGAGAAGGCCGUAAUUGAAAAAGUUUGCUUUCUUCUGUCCACAAUCUUCCACAAUGAGUUUAUUUUUAGCCUUAUAGCAUUACUGAAACUGAGAACACGAAAUGAUAUUUUUUUGUUAUUACACAUCGCAGGACGCAAAUUAAUGUGAAACGAUACGUUUGUGCAGACAUCGGGCAAUCGAUAUUGCGCGUACAUUCAAUGCCAGAUGUUCUUCAACCAUUUUCAGGGUAGAACGGCCUCCACCGAUGGCAGAACCCGUAUUGUGGUACCGAUACACCAGCACCACGACCUGUUAGAUCAGUGUGUUCAGCUCAUAAACUCGGAAUGGCCCCGUUCUUACACGGCUAGGCUUUGGAGUUUGAAGGCCUCCAAAGACACACUACCUACAAAUUUCAUAUUGAUUGAACCGGAAAAUACCAAAGAUCAGUCGACAAAUUCUUCGGUACCUUCCAAGGUAUUAGCACACGCAAAGCUUUCACCUAUUCCAGCCGACAAGAAUGCAACUUUCGUCGAAUCGGUCGUUGUGGAUCGUCAAUUCCGUGGUCAAGGUCUCGGGAGAGUGUUAAUGCGGGAAGUGGAAACACAUUGUUUCCAGACACUUAAACUAGAAACCAUUUAUUUAUCUACAAUAGAUCAGGAGGGCUUUUACACAAAACUAGGUUAUAAAUUAUGCAAAGCUAUAAAUAUUUUCGGAACCAAACUUGCAAUUAAUGAUUCUACUAAAAAAAUAUGGAUGAAAAAAACCUUUUUGGAUUGGAAACAAGAAAAAUGAAGAGGUAAAAUUGUUAUAAAAGAUAUCAAUAAAUGCAAUACUUACCUGUUAACGAUUUUGUCAAACGGUCAUGGGACGUGUACCUAUUCAAUUUAAUAGCGCAAUGUGAUCGAAAUUAUCGGAAAAGUGCUUCACAUUUGGUCAUAAUAAACGAGCUUCGAUUUAUUUUUUCGGAGCAAACGCCCAGUA